AUGUCUUCGAUGCGAGGGCUUGUCCAGUUCAUCGCAGAUCUGCGCAAUGCGCGGGCGCGAGAACUGGAGGAGAAGCGGGUGAAUAAGGAGUUGGCCAAUAUUCGACAAAAGUUCAAGGCCGGCAAUCUCAACGGAUACCAGAAGAAGAAAUACGUGUGCAAGCUGCUCUACGUUUACAUUCAGGGGUACGAUGUGGACUUUGGUCAUCUGGAAGCGGUCAAUUUGAUCUCGUCAAACAAAUACUCGGAGAAGCAGAUCGGCUACCUGGCAGUGACGUUGUUCUUGCACGAAGAGCAUGAGCUGCUGCAUUUGGUCGUGAACAGUAUUCGCAAGGACUUGCUUGACAACAAUGAACUUUUCAAUUGUCUGGCCCUACAUGCCGUGGCCAAUGUGGGUGGUCGAGAACUUGGAGAAGCCCUGGCGACGGAGGUUCACCGACUCCUGAUUUCCCCAACUUCAAAGGCGUUCGUCAAGAAGAAGGCCGCUCUCACAUUGCUCCGACUAUACCGCAAGCAUCCAGGCAUCGUCCGGAACGAAUGGGCGGAGCGUAUAAUCUCUAUCAUGGACGACCCUGAUAUGGGUGUGACCCUAUCUGUCACCUCGCUAGUAAUGGCACUGGCGCAGGAUCUGCCCGAAGAAUACAAGGGCUGUUAUGUCAAGGCGGCCCAACGAUUAAAGCGCAUUGUGAUCGAGAACGAUAUUGCGCCCGACUAUCUUUACUACCGUGUGCCGUGCCCCUGGAUUCAAGUCAAGUUUUUGCGAUUAUUGCAAUACUAUCCUCCGUCACAAGACAGCCAUGUCCGCGAGAUCAUUCGCGAGUCUCUGGCCCAGAUCAUGCAGUCUGCCUUGGAGACGCCCAAGAACGUCCAACAAAACAACGCCCAAAAUGCCAUUCUCUUCGAAGCCAUCAACCUUCUUAUUCAUCUCGAUUCCGAGCAUACACUCAUGCUUCAGAUUUCCGCGCGGUUGGGCAAAUACAUCCAGUCUCGCGAAACAAAUGUUCGUUACUUGGGUCUAGACGCCUUGACUCACUUUGCUGCUCGAGCAGAGACCCUCGACCCGAUCAAAAAGCACCAGAACAUCAUCUUGGGAUCCCUCCGCGACCGAGACAUCAGUGUUCGUCGCAAGGGCUUGGACCUGCUUUACAGCAUGUGUGAUACCACCAACGCCGGCCCGAUCGUCAACGAGCUGCUGCGGUAUCUGCAGACCGCCGACUAUGCCAUUCGCGAGGAGAUGGUUCUGAAGGUGGCCAUCUUGACGGAAAAGUAUGCCACUGAUGCGCAAUGGUAUAUUGACAUGACUCUCAAGCUCUUAUCAUUGGCGGGUGAGCACGUCAAUGAUGAAGUUUGGCAACGAGUGAUUCAAAUUGUGACCAACAACGAGGAACUACAGGCUUAUGCGGCCCAUACGCUGCUCGGCUACCUGAAGAGUGAAUGCCACGAGAGUUUGGUAAAGAUUGGUUGCUAUGUCUUGGGUGAAUUUGGCCAUCUGAUUGCCGACAAUGCCGGCUCAAGUCCCAUCGAACAAUUCCUUGCUCUUCAGGGUAAAAUGUUCACGGGGUCCGACAACGCUCGAGCCAUGAUCUUGUCCUCGUUUGUGAAAUUCGUCAAUUUGUUCCCCGAAAUCAAGCCGCAACUCCUUCAAAUCUUCCGCCUCUACAGCCACUCUCCCGACUCCGAGUUACAACAGCGGGCGUUCGAAUACCUCUCACUGGCAACACUCCCUACAGACGAUCUUCUGCGAACGGUUUGUGAUGAAAUGCCACCCUUUUCGGAGAGAACGUCCAUUCUUCUGUCUCGGCUCCACCAAAAGACGGCAGGCACUAGCGAGAAGAAAACCUGGGUGGUGGGUGGCAAGGAUGCCAAUGCCGACAAGCAGGAAGUCCUCCUGGCGCAGCACACGGGCCUCAAACGCAGCUUCACCACCAUUGUCAACGGUACCCGUUCAACCUCCAACGGCUCAAGCACGCCCACCAGUGCCACGAGCGCCUCGGGCGAUCUGGCUGGCUUGGAUUUCAGUGGCCCGUCAGCUCCUGCCCCCAAUCUUGCCAGCGCCGCUCACUUGAGCCCUGACUGGGAGAUUGGAUAUAGCCGACUUUAUUUCUCGAACGGGGGGGUGCUGUUUGAGGAUGCCCAGAUCCACGUUGGAUUGCGGUCAGAGUACCGUGCCCACAUGGGUGUUGUGAAGAUCUAUAUCUCGAACAAAUCUGCCUCUGCCAUCAAUUCCCUGACAACGACCGUGGAGAAUCCCGCUACGCCCAACCUGAAAAUCGACACGAAGAAUCUCCCCGAUUCAAGCGUGCCCGCCGCUGGGCAGACUCAGCAGACUUUGUUUUGCGUCUCACAUGGUCCCUUCUCCGACGCACCCACCAUCCGCAUCUCCUAUUUGGCCGGUGCACUGCAGGCCUACACCCUGCAAUUGCCGGUUCUGAUGCAUCGGUACAUGGAACCAUCCUCCCUUUCUGCAGAAGACUUCUUCAAGCGUUGGCGUCAAAUCGGCGACGGACCCCUCGAGUCGCAGAAGACCUUUGGUCUUAGCGGCAAGAACAAGGUGAUCACCGAGUCUUAUACCCGGCAGGUAGUGGAGGGAUUUGCCUGGAAGAUCUUGGACGGUGUUGAUCCUAAUCCACGGAACAUCGUCGGCUGCGGUGUCUUCCAGUUCGAGGAGGGCAAGACCGGGUGUCUGUUGCGGCUGGAGCCCAAUUACGAGAAAUCGAUGUACCGGGUUACCAUCCGUGCCACCAAAGAAGGUGUACCCCAAGGACUGGCGCGACAGAUGGAGCAGAAGCUAUCGCAGGGUCUCCGAAGGGAUUCUCUCGAUUAG